AUGCUCGCACGACACGCACCUGGCCCCUCGGCCCUCAGCGCGGCCGCCCACCGCGCCCUGCCCGCCGCCACAGCAGCAACUACACGCCUCUCGGCUGCGACAGCCCAGAACCGGACACAGACGAGGUCAUUGGCGACAGUGCAGGAUGCUGCGCCUGUACGGACCUAUGGAGGGCUCAAGGAUCAGGACCGCAUUUUCCAGAACCUGUACGGACACCAUGGGGCGGAUCUGAAGAGCGCCAUGAAGUACGGAGACUGGCACAAGACCAAGGAGAUUCUGCUCAAGGGCCACGACUGGAUCAUCUCUGAGAUCAAGACCUCCGGUCUUCGUGGCCGAGGUGGUGCUGGUUUCCCCUCCGGCCUGAAAUGGUCGUUCAUGAACUUCAAGGACUGGGACAAGGACGACAAACCCCGCUACUUGGUUGUCAAUGCUGAUGAGGGUGAACCCGGAACAUGCAAGGAUCGAGAGAUUAUGCGCAAGGACCCCCACAAGCUCAUCGAGGGCUGCCUCGUUGCUGGACGUGCGAUGAAUGCUACUGCGGCAUACAUCUACAUCCGAGGAGAGUUCUAUCACGAAGCGGCCGUGCUAGAGCGCGCCAUCCAGGAGGCAUACCAGGCUGGUCUGAUUGGAAAGAACGCUUGUGGAUCCGGCUACGAUUUCGAUGUCUACCUCCACCGAGGAAUGGGCGCCUACGUCUGUGGUGAGGAGACCUCCCUGAUCGAGUCGUUGGAGGGCAAGCCCGGAAAGCCCCGCUUGAAGCCCCCGUUCCCUGCCGCAGUCGGACUCUUCGGAUGCCCAUCUACAGUCGCAAACGUGGAGACGGUUGCUGUCGCGCCCACCAUCUGCCGGCGGGGAGGCAGCUGGUUCGCCAGCUUCGGUCGUGAGCGUAACCAGGGCACGAAGCUGUACGCCAUCUCCGGACAUGUCAACAAGCCAUGUGUGGUUGAGGAGGAGAUGUCGAUUCCCCUUCGUGAACUUAUCGACAAGCAUUGCGGUGGUGUCCGUGGUGGCUGGGACAACCUCAAGGCUGUCAUUCCGGGAGGUUCAUCUACCCCAAUUCUUCCAAAACACAUUUGCGAUGACCAGCUCAUGGACUUUGAUGCGCUCAAGGACUCACAGUCUGGUUUUGGCACUGCUGCCGUCAUCGUCAUGGACAAGUCGACCGAUGUUGUCCGUGCCAUUACCCGCCUCGCAAAGUUCUACCACCAUGAAUCUUGCGGUCAAUGCACACCCUGUCGGGAGGGAUCAAAGUGGACACAUCAGAUCAUGGACCGUUUUUACAAGGGCCAGGCGCGCGAGCGUGAGAUCGACAUGUUGCAGGAGUUGACGAAGCAGGUUGAGGGCCACACUAUCUGUGCUCUGGGCGAAGCUUUCGCAUGGCCUCUACAGGGUCUCAUCAGGCAUUUCAGACCAGAGCUUGAGGCAAGGAUAAAGGACUAUGGUCUGAAGAACGGUGGCACGGCACUCGCUGGUGGGUGGGCUCACGAUGCCCAGAAGAAGGGGCUUUUGGUCUCCCCCGGCCAGUAG